CAUUGCUACUGGCUUCAAUGUCGCCCUCGAUUACGGACAAGACCUGCUCAACAGCUCGGAGUUCACUGUUGAUUCGUGGCUGGAGAACCUCCGCAAGCUCAUUAAGUCUCAGCUACCUGGCUUACAGAACAACAACUACAGUGGUAGUCAACAGGUGGCCAGAGGAUUACACGAGGAAAAUAGCAACCUUUCAGCCGAAGAUCAAAGUGCAGACGACGCUAUAAAAUCCGGUGUUGCGUAUAACUGGUCCACUUACUACUUUACCUACGGCGGAGGCACUACCAACGCUGUCUUAAAUGAUGAUGGCAAAUCUUACUCGACAGAAAAAGCGAUCGUUGCGCUAUGGGAUGGUGUCCAAAGCGAGAUCGACACCAUCGUCGGGACGAUAAGCAAGUUGGUUAAAGACUUAUUCGACUUCUUCAAGUCGGGCCCUGGCCACUGGGAUAUCAAAAGCUUCAUGGGACACAUCACUGCUGACCUUGUGGACGGCAUGAUUGACUCUCUCAAGAUCCUUGCAGACAUUUUGUUCAAGGCCUUUUCACUCGGAAUCAGUCUUGUCAAAGAUGUGGCCAACCAGACGAUUGAGAUUCCGGUGCUUGGAUGGCUAUGGAAGAUGCUAACGCACGGUCGCUCGCUUUCCCUCUUGGAGCUAUGCUCUCUUCUAAUUGCGAUUCCUACCAAAGUUCUCUACAAGGCCAAGACGGGCCACGCCCCACCGAAGCUUAAGGGACGUCUAACGAAAGACUCCUUCCGUAGAUAUCUCUCAGGAACUGCCGACAGUGCACUGGCCAGGGAAAAAUUAUCAACUGCCGACAGUACUCUCUUCAAAGACAUCGCCAAUGUUAGCCUGGCGGUGACCGCAAAUUUGGAAUUUAUCUAUAAUGAAUUUGACACUCUGGUCCUAUUGGCAGAUGGCGCCUUUGAAGGGAGUGGUCUUGAGAUUAUUCCCACUGGACCUAUCAAAACUCUCAUGACAGUGAUUAACGCAGCAGAACUUAUCUUCGAGGGAAUUGACGCCUUCGCGAGUUUACCUGCUGGUCUUUUACCCGGGUCGUCCAUGGUCCAGGUAGACAAUGCCACCGUUGGGAAAGUUGCAAAGUACUCCGCAUUCGGUCUCCAAGGCGUCAAGUUCGCAGCCGGUAUAGUCGUCAAGAUCGUUGGGAAGGUCAAGAGUCUGGACCAAAUGGUAAUCAAGAGAUGGAAGGGCGGCAUCACUGCGGUCAUCUCGAUGCCCAUGCUUUGCGUUGCUUUGACAGCGGACAUCAACGACUCGGUGGAAGGGAGGAAAAAGACGGUCAUUGUUGUUGACCAUUUCUUUGAGCACUUCCUCAAGUUUGGCAAGCAGUGGGGAUAUGCUGUUGCUUGUUGGAACAACGAUGUUGAGAAUGAGCUUCUGUACAUUGCACUUGUUGUCAAAGUACUAUGCGGAGAUGGGAUAUAUGGAUUCAAGAUUACAGACUUUGUUGUGGAUCAUGUGUAA